CGACGUCAAUGCAAGCAAAAACUACUAUACAUACUUGUAGAAAUAUAUGUUAAAUAAGAUCACUUGCAGCAGUACUAUCAACGCUCGAAGCUUGUGACGUCACAAGCAAACAGAAAAAUACUGUAGUAAAUUGUAUGGUAGACAAUCUAUAGAAACUCUAUUAUACUGCUGUGCCAUAAUGCCGUUAACCGCUCAAUUCGUGCGUAAUUUACAGCGAUUCCGUUUAGUGACCUUUGACGUAACCGAUACGCUGCUCCGUCUUAAAGAUCCGAUCAAGCAAUAUGUCCAAACGGCAGCAGCAUGUGGAAUAACUGGCAUAACCCAAGAGCAGCUGGAACCCUGCUUUCGACAGCACUUUAAAUUAAUGAGCAAAGCGCACGCCAAUUUUGGAAGUUGUUCGCCAAACAUGAAUUGGCAAACUUGGUGGCACCAGUUGGUAAUCGAUACAUUCACUUGCGCCAAUGCCAAUCUAUCGAAGGCAACACUGCAAACGGUAGCCGAGCAGCUGCUACAGAUCUUUCGCACCAGCGCAUGCUGGACACGAAUCGAAGGAGCUACCAACUUUGUGGAACGCGUUCGAGAUACCGGCAAAUGUGUGGGUAUCAUCUCUAAUUUUGAUCCCUCAUUGUGCCAGGUGCUGAACGCCAUGGGCUUCAAUGAUAAAUUUGAUUUUAUUAUCAACUCCUACGACGCUGGCGUCAUGAAACCAAAUUCCGGCAUUUUUCAAUUGGCUUUGGAAAAGGGUCACAAUAUUGAGGCAGCCGAAGCGCUGCACAUUGGCAAUAAGUUUGAUAUGGAUUAUAUGGGAGCACGUAAUAGCGGCUGGUGUAGUCUGCUCGUGCAGGAGGAGCAGCAACUCCAACUGGAGCAAUUGCAGCCGGUGCCCAAACACAGCUUUGCAAGUCUCGCUCAAAUGUUGCAGGCGCUUGAAACUAAAGAGAUUCCCUGGUGAAGUGACACAUGGGCACAGUAAAACCUAGCUAAGGCGUACAGUUUAAGAAUACAAAAAACCCUUUAAUUUAUAUUUUUCGUUUUCUCUAAUCUCUAUUAAGACGCUAAUUUAGAAAAAAAAAAAACAAAUAUUAUGUUUAUAAAUGUUGUCACAUAUUUAAUU